AUGGUUGCUGAAUCUUGCAAUGCAUUAAAAUGUUCCUUUCUUAGUCAUUUCCAAAAGAGGAUAGGCAUUUACCAUCAAGAGGAUAAUGACCAACAAUAUCAGUAUUUAAGAAUUGUAGAGGUGGUCUCUGGCGGUAGAGGAGUAACGCGAAUGAGGGACGGCCAUGCCACCAACGUCAAGAUGCACCAUUGUCCCUACUGUCCCUACACCACUCGGAAGAAAACCCAUAUGACGAGUCACAUCCGAGUGCAUACUAGAGAGAAACCUUUCCCCUGUCCGAGAAUGAAUGUACUUGAUAGAUGGCGUCCCCUACAGGUGGGGCUGAACAGUGAAGGUGUGAGGACUGGCAGAAGAGAUACUACAGGAAUGUGGACUGGUCCAGGCCAGCCCCCUAGAAGAAAGAUACACACUUGCUCCUACUGUGGCUAUUCCACCAUGUAUAGUACAGGCUUAAAGAGGCAUAUGCGUUCUCAUACGGGGUACAAGCCCUAUGCUUGUCCGCACUGUGAAUACAGUGCAAUUACUAAGUAUCAUCUGCAGCGGCAUAUUCGCAUCCAUAAUGUCAUGUUCAUUGUAGGAUACAGCGUUGAAGGUGUGAGGAGAGAGAACAUUGAGGCUGCUAGAGUUUGGAUGAGCCACGCCCCAGGAAGAAAACUACAUCAGUGUUCCUUUUGCGACUAUUCCACUAACUAUAGCACAGGCCUAAAGAGGCAUUUGCGCACACACACUGGGGAGAAACCCUUUGAAUGCUCAGUGUGUCUACAAAGAUUCAGUCAGAAAGGAACACUACAAGCUCAUAUCACAAUUCACACUGGGGAGAAGCCAUUUAAUUGCCCAUACUGGCUAGAUACAGUAUAUGGGAAAGGGGAGCCAGACUUAGAGCAUUACUCAAAUCCUGCAUAUUUUUCCAAGGACAGAGUAGACACUGGGGUGGGAAUGAGUAGAAGAGAUGCCCUAGGAGCCAAGACUGUGCCUACAACUAGGACAACGCACCAGUGUCCCUACUGUCCUUACGUCACCCCAUACACCACCAGUCUCAAGAAGCAUAUCCGUACGCAUACUAAAGAAAAACCAUUCGCAUGUUCUCAGUGUCCAUUCCGAACCACCCAACCAGAGAACUUGAGAAGUCAUUUCAAAGAUUACAUUGCAUUUGAAAAUUUUGAAGAUUUUUCACAUGAUUGUGUUGAUAUAAGGCAUCCAGUCUCUGCUGCACAUCUAAUGAAUUCAACCACCCGCCUUCUCUUCAUCUGUCCAUAUUACCUUAGUCUGUUCUGUGUAAUCUGUUCUCACAAUUCUAUCACCCUCAUCUCCUGCAUGAUGGUCUCACACCUGGUUCAGUCCCUUCUGUUCACUCCUUUGAUGGCUCAGAGGCAUCUCAUCUCUGCAGCAUCAAUCUUCUUCACCUGA